AUGGAGUACACUGUACCGUCUUCACUCAAAGAACUGAAGGCUUUUCUCGGUUUGGUCAACUUUUAUCGACAUUUCAUUCCUCAUGCCACGGAACAGUUACGACCACUAACCGAUCUACUUGGCGGGAAUCCACGUAAACUAGAAUUGAACGAUGACGAGCGUACUGCAUUUUCCGAAAUUAAAAAAGCUUCAGCUCAAACCACGCUCCUCGCCCAUCCCGACCCAUCAGCCACGCUCAGUAUAGCGGUUGACGCAUCCGAUUUUGCUAUAGGAGCCGUCAUGCAACAAAACAUCUCUGGAAGUUGGCAACCUCCCGAAUUUUUCUCACGACGCCUUACUACCACGGAGAUGAGAUACAGCGCUUUUGGUCGCGAACUGCUAGCAGCCUACUGUGCCGUCAAACAUUUUCGGCACACAGUAGAAGGUCGUUACUUUAUCCUUCUUACCGACCAUAAGCCUCUAACGUAUGCUUUUCAUACAAAAUCUGACCGCUACUCACCACGAGAACGCAGACGUUUGGACUAUAUCUCUCAGUUCACGACAGACCUUCGUCAUAUUAA